AAUGCUCGGCGGUUGCGGCAGGGGGCGCCAGUUGCACCAGCUUUCAGCCAGACUGCGAGACAUGUGGCUGAGACUUUCUGAAAGCUACGCUCCGUUCUUAGCCAAAACCAACUCUCGGAUAUUGCGAUUCGUUAUUAUUCCGUAGCAGAAGUUUGGACGCUCAUCACAGUUGACUAGGUGCAAACCAACAGCUGCAGCACUUAACGUGGUGAUCAGGACUGCCUGGGGCGGACAUGACUGGAGUUGGAAAUGGUGGACAUGGCCCGCCUGAUGGGACGGAGGUGGAGAGGUGUCCUAUCUGCCUGGGCGUCCUGGCUGGAGGCGAGCUCGCCAUGCCCGACAGCUGCUGCCAUGUCUUCUGUCUCCGGUGCCUCCUCACAUGGGCAGAGUUGCAGAUGGCUCCUUCCUGCCCUGUGGACAGAAGACCUUUCACUAAUGUUUACAGAUGGGACGGGAAUCUCACCUGUGUACAGGUUCCUGUGAGGAAGCGGGCGACUCAACCUGAAGCUGAGAGUUGCUGCUGUAGAAACCCUGAACAAAAAGUCUGUGCAAAAGGUAAGCCCGUAAGAAGACCAAGACGACAAAAGGUGGAGCAGACAGCAAUCACCAAAACUAAAGGACUUGUGAGGAAAUGUAACGAUGACGACCCCUCAUCACUGAGCAGAAAAAAGGUGAGGGGAACAGAGUGCUCUACAUGGUCACCUUCUCCUUGUGUCUCAUUAAUGACGACAUUGACUCAGGACGUUCCAGAGCCUGUUUGGGUGGCCGAGGACAUACCACAUGACACUGGGUUCAAACAGUGCAAACCACAGCUGCAGCAUUGUCCGUGGCUUUCUCCUGCUGCCCCCAUCCCUGCUGACGGCUCCUCAAGGCAGAAUUUUCAUCCCACUGCUUGGAACCACAACCCAUUUCCAUUUGGACUCUGCCCAUCACCCUUCACCUCCAGUUCACUGUUGGGCCCCGGCCAUUUUGUAUUUCAAGGUGUUGUCUGCGCUAUCACAUGUUCCAAAGGAGGGGAGAAGAGAGGCGGUCGAGCUUCAACCUCCAAAGCUGACACCAAAGAGGCCGAGUCUCUACCAGCCAGGAGAUCUGGACGCCACAGUAAAACCCAGGAAGAGGCUCCCGCAUCUGACAUAUCACCGCCACAAUCCAGUUCGUCAGACUCUGAAUCAUCUGCUGGCCAGUCUGCCAAGUCAGGCAGAGCUUCUCAUGCACCAGCCAAGAGGAAGGGAAAACAGGUAACAAACCGAAAGGCCAGUGGGAAAAGGAAAGCCGCGACAAGAAAAAAACGUUCUCCCGAAUUUGUUAGUAGCCCGGCAGCAAGUGAAGAGGAGGAAGAUGGUGAUGGGGAUGACAACAAGGAGGAGGAAGAAGACAAAACUGAUCAGGAGCAGGAUUUGAACAACUCAGAACAGCCACAGUCUGAUGCUGAAGGGAGCCUCAAAGAAGACCAUGGUGGUUUCAGCUCUGAUGAUGAGCAAGAAGGUGCUGAACCUUUGAGUAACGAUGUGGGACGGGACACUGAUGAGACUCAGGAUGAAUCUAAUGAACAUGAACAGAAACCAGAUGAGGGGGACAUGUUUUGUCCCUCAGAGCAAGAGUUAGGAGCGGAGUCUGAGGGUGACCAGAGGACGGAGGACGAAGAGACAGCAAGCCCUGUUCCCUCAGGACAGAGGGACUCUGAUUCUCAGAGUGCCCUGCAGGAGAACCUGGCAUCUCAACACUGUGAUGAGCAGGAUGAUAACAUGGAAAUUUGUGCAGAGUCAGAAGAAAUCAAGGAUGAAGAGUCUUCAAAGGAAGUGAAGGCUGAAUCAUGUGAUAAUUCUCCACAACCAGCUUCCCCCUCUGCUGGAGAGUCAGAGGAAGAUUUAGGUGUCCCAGAAUCAAAAGCUUCUGGGGGCCCUGAUACAGACAACGUUGGAUCAGAAGAGCCUUCAGUAGUUGACAGCUCUGGGAAAGAAACCAAGGAUGACAGUCCCGCCAAGGAUGACAACGAAGUUGUUGCCAUGGACUGCAGUUCACCUAUCAGUGAGAAUGGUAAUGUUCCUGUUUUGGAAGAACCGAAGGAGAGUGCUCCCUCCCCUGCUGCAGAACCUCCUGUUUCUACAUGCCAAGUCGCUAAAGACGAGGGCCGCAAGGACCAGCGGGACAGGGAAAGGAGCCAAGAGAGGAAGAACGGCAGGCAGCGGCGCUCUCGCUUCCACUCCCCAACCUCUACCUGGUCACCUAAGAGGGACUCCCGGCGUGAAGCAUCCAGGCGCUCGCGGUCUAGAGAACGUGAUGGCAGCCCACCCUCUAGCCGCUCAUCUCGAGCUCGCAGCAGAGAAAGAGGCAAAGACCGGGACAGCGAGAGAGACUAUUCUAGGAGGGAGCAUAGCCGUGAAAGGAGGAGGCGCCGAUCCAGGAGUCGCUCUAGGUCCAGGUCUAGGUCCCGGUCUCGGUCUAGAUCACGUUCCAGAACAAGGUCCUACAGGCGAGGGCCCAGCCCCACACGGCCCUCCUCCAGGGAGCAGUCCCCACAGAGGAAGGACCGCCGGGGAGGCUGGCGGUCUGGGCAGGGCAGUGGGUCUGGUGGUGAAGGACGGAGGAAUCACGGAGGCGCUGGGCGCUUUGAAAAUGGAGUGCUUACAGAAAGUUCCCCAGAUCGCCAGGGCUGGUCGGAUAAUCCUGACUGGGUUACAGAAAAGAAUCGUGGUGAAGCUGACAGCAGGAACCGGGACUCUACUGGCGGCUCACGCUGGGAAGACCACCGCAACAGAGGAGAACCACGAGGCCGGGGGGGACAUGGAGGGUUUGAACGCGGUCGGGGUGCAGGGCGGGGAGGCAACACUCGUAGCUUCUACAGUCAGCAGGAGGAAAGUGCAGACAACCGCUGGCAGCCCAGAAAUAAUUUCUCAGGUACAGGCAACAAUUCAGGGAGUGACGCGUACAGCCGCUUCAAUGAAAACCGGGGUGGUGGCCGUAGGAAAGAGUCUGAGACAGGAGACUCUAUGCUUGACCGUUCAGGCUGGUCAUCGGCAUCCAGCUGGGCUGUUAGAAGGACGCUGCCCGCCGAUGUUCAGGAUUAUUACUCCAAGAGGGAGAGAGGAGGACCUGGAGGCUGGAACCGACAAGAGGAGGAGCAGCAGCCGGCACCGGCAGCAGCAGAUCCCCCUAAAAGCGAGCCUCCUCCUCAGGCAGUCCCGGGUAACGCUCCGGUGCCCGUGAUGAACGUUAUUCCUCCACAGCUGAAUGUUCUUCACCAUCACUACCCCAUGCAGGGCCCGCGAGGAACCCUGCCGGUCAGCUUGCAGCCUGCAGCACCAUACGCCAUGCCUCCUCAGGUCCCUGUGCAUCUUCACCCUGCUGUACCACUGCUUCAGGUCCCCGCUGUCGCUGCACAGGGCCUCCCACCGCCGCCGCCGCCGCCUCCACCCAUGCAGCAAGGCAGCCAGACAGCAGCAGCUCAGCCUGAUGGCUAUACGACACAGAUGUCUUCUACAAUGGUAGGUUAUGGGAAACCUGCCCUUCUUCCCACCCCAACCAAAGCUGGCGUUGCCGUGGCGACCCAGGGUCAGCUGGCAUCGAGUCAGGUGCUGCCAUCCUCUACAACUCAGCCGGGCCAUCAUAACAGGGCUCAAGCAGACAGCUCCAAAAAAGAAAAGAAACAACAGAUCCAAGAGAAAGCUAUAAAUGAAGUGAAGACAGCCAUAAAACCCUUUUACCAAAGGAAGGAAAUCACGAAGGAGGAGUACAAAGAGAUUGUUCGCAAAGCGGUAGAGAAGGUGUGUCACAGCAAGAGUGGUGAGGUGAACUCCAGUAAGGUGGCCAACCUGGUGAAGGCUUACGUGGAUAAAUACAAGCACGCCCGCAAGAAAUGAAAUCCCACCCUGCUGCUGGUGUGGCAAUGCCCUCACAGACCAACUCAGCUGCUCAAGUGCAAUUUCCUCUAGCUGGAAUUCGGCCUCCAAACUGAAAGACAACGGAGAGCCAACAUUUUCCUUUUUGAUAUCUCUACCUUUUAUUGAAUGAUGAAGAUUUUUUUCUAUAGAUUUUCAUAUUUUGUUAGAAAAAGAAUUACCCAACCAGAAAUUGUAAUGCAAGAGCCCUUUAUUUUGCAUAGAUCAUGUGACUCGGGAACUACUGUAAGGAGGGUAGCGUGGGAGGGUGGGACGGGUGAUGUUACAAAUGCAUCCCUCAGUGAAUGGCAACAGCUCAUGUAGUGGGCAGCCUCUCCCAGGGUGCCGGCUGGUACGACAGAUUUCUCCUAUAUGGCAUCCUGACCACAUAGCUUAUUAAUGCAUAAUGUCAAUGUCCUUUUUUAAAAUAUUAUAUAAUAUUUCAGAUGAAAGCCUAGUUUAAAAAGUGCAUUGCCUUUAUUAAUCUCUGUGGCCCGUUGAUGGGCUGGAAUCUGAUGAGUGUGAUUGUAAUCAGGGCCCUGAUUGGUUGAGGAGGCCGUAAAGUAAAUGGAAUGGCCAAUCAGCAGUGAGUGUGUGAUGUAAGGCACAGGUCCCAUUGGGUCACAUCAAUCUAAACUAACCCAACCCUGUGCCUGAAUGUGUAAUAAAUGUCAAUGGGUGAACAUGAACGUUGCAAAGUAUCCAGAGUAGUGAAAUAAAUUAGCUGCUUCCUGA